UAGCGGGAGGGAAUGAAAAACGGUUGGACGAGAGAAACGUAGUGGUUCUAUCAAUGGCAGGUACUUCUACUACUACUUCUCCUCCUUCAACUCUCUUUCUCUCUCUAUUUUCCCAUUCUCAAACGCAAUGCAAAACACCGCAACACCCUUGUUUCAAAUCGAACAUCGAAAAGCGUGCUCUCAUUCUCUGCUCUGCCAAGAAGAAACUCAGUUUUACUGACCAAAUUCUUGACUAUAUAGAAGGAGGUCCCAAGUUAAGAAAAUGGUAUGGGGCACCUGAUCCCUUCUCUAAAGAUGAAUCCACUUUUGAAGAUGAUGAUCAAUCAGAAGUGGAAGAAGCCAGGGAUGCAGUUUUAGUAACUGAUGGAGAUAGUGAGAUAGGCCAGAUGGUAAUAUUGUCCUUGAUUGUCAAAAGAACUCGAGUUAAAGCACUGGUAAAGGACAAGCAGACUGCACUUGAAGCCUUUGGAACUUAUGUUGAGUCAAUGGUUGGAGAUGCAAGUGACAAAAAAUUCUUAAAGAAAGCUCUAAGAGGGGUUCGCACAAUAAUAUGCCCAAAUGAAGGUUUCUUAUCCAAUGUUGAGGGCUUGAAAGGGGUGCAACAUGUAGUUCUCUUAUCUCAGUUGUCUGCUUAUAGAGGUUCUGGUGGCAUUCAAGCUCUCAUGAAAAGCAAUGCUAGAAAAUUAGCUGAGCAAGAUGAAUCGUUGCUGAUGGCCUCAGGAAUCCCUUACACUAUCGUCAGGGCUGGAUUGUUACAAAGCACUCCAGGUGGACAACAAGGUUUUAGCUUUGAGGAGGGUAGUGCUGCGAGAGGAAAUCUGAGCAAGGAGGAUGCUGCCUUUAUUUGUGUGCAAGCACUUGAUGCAGUCCCACAAAGAGGAUUUAUAUUUGAGGUGGUCAAUGGAGAUGAGAAGAUUUCAAAUUGGCAAGGGUGUAUGGCUAGAUUGAUGGAGAAAGCUGGACAACAGCUUCAAUAAUAACACCCAAACCAUGCUAAAAAAUGUGCCAAUCAUUUAUGUUUACUUGUUUUUCUUUGUUGUUGGUGAUGUUCUCAUGAAAUGUUUUGCAAGAGAAAAGGGCAUUACAAGUGAGUUUGUUUUACACAUGAAUUGCAUAACCAUUAACCAGUAAUGAUUCAGAGAACAUAAGUGUUAGUGCUAAAUUUCUGAU